UGCCAGGAAGAAUGUUUUCAUCAGCACAGCCCUAUGAAAACCAGCGGUACGCGGCCCUGAAGAAGGACUGCCAGCGGAGGAAAGUUCUCUUUGAGGAUCCCCUCUUCCCUGCCAACAAUGACUCUCUUUUUUACAAGUCGCAGAUUCAGGGUGUCCAGUGGAAACGGCCAAAGGACAUCUGUGACGAUCCCCACCUCUUUGUGGACGGCAUCAGCUCCCAUGACUUGCACCAGGGUCAGGUGGGGAACUGCUGGUUUGUAGCGGCCUGCUCUUCCCUGGCAUCUAGGGAAUCCCUGUGGCAGAAGGUCAUCCCAGAUUGGAAAGAACAGGAGUGGUCUGCCGAGAAGCCGGAGAACUAUGCCGGGAUUUUCCACUUCCAGUUCUGGCGGUUCGGCACCUGGGUGGAUGUGGUGAUCGAUGACCGCCUACCGACGCUCCACAACCAGCUCAUCUAUUGCCACUCCAACUCCAAGAACGAGUUAUGGUGCGCGCUGGUAGAGAAGGCCUAUGCCAAACUGUCCGGCUGUUAUGAAGCCCUCGAUGGGGGCAACACGGCGGAUGCCUUAGUAGACUUCACUGGCGGCGUCUCGGAGCCCAUCGACUUGCUGGAAGGCGGCUACACAAAUGACGAAGCCAAGCGGAACCUCCUCUUUGAACGGGUCCUCAAAGUCCACAACCGGGGAGGCCUCAUUAGCUGUUCCAUCAAAGCCACCUCAGCUGCCGACAUGGAAGCCCGCCUGGAUUGCGGACUGGUCAAAGGACAUGCCUACGCAGUGACUGAUGUGAGGAAGGUCCGCCUCGGCCACGGCCUGCUGUCCUUCUUCAAGUCCGAAAAGCUGGAUAUGAUCCGGUUGCGGAACCCCUGGGGGGAGAGAGAGUGGAACGGCCCCUGGAGCGACACUUCUGAAGAAUGGCAGAAAGUCAGCAACAGCGAGCGAGAGAAGCUAGGGAUGACCGUGCAGGACGAUGGAGAAUUUUGGAUGACGUUUGAAGACUUCUGCAAGUACUUUACGGACAUCAUAAAAUGCCGCCUUAUAAACACGUCAUAUCUGAGUAUCCAUAAGACUUGGGAGGAAGUGGUCUUGCGAGGGGCGUGGUCAAGGCACGAGGACCCCUUGAAGAACCGCUGUGGGGGCUGUGUCAAUCACAGGGACACUUUCCUGCAGAACCCCCAGUAUGUUUAUGACGUGAAGAAAGCAGAGGAUGAAGUGCUCAUCUCCAUCCAACAGAAGCCCAAACGGACCAGUCGGAAGGAGGGAAAAGGGGAAAACUUAGCGAUAGGAUUUGACAUUUUCAAGGUGGAGUUGAACCGGACCUUCCGGAUGCAUACCUUGCAACAGAAAGUGGCCAGCUCCAUCUACAUCAACUCCCGCAGCGUCUUCCUGAGGACGGACCUGAAAGAAGGCCGCUACGUCAUCAUCCCCACGACCUUUGACCCCGGCCACGUGGGCGAGUUCCUUCUCAGGGUGUUCACAGAUGUGCCUUCCGAUUGCCAAGAGCUGACCCUGGACGAGCCCCCUCACACCUGCUGGAGCGGAAUGUGCGGCUACCCGCAGCUGGUCUCGCAAGUCCAUGUUGUCUCGGCUACCGGGCUGAAGAACCAUGGUUCCCAGGACGUGGAUCCCUAUGUGAUCAUUAAGUGUGAAGGAGAGAAGGUUCGUUCGCCAGUGGUGAAGAAUACCCAGACGCCCGAGUUCGACGUGAAAGGCCUUUUCUACCGCAAGAAGCCGGGGCAGCCAAUCCUCAUUCAGGUCUGGAACCAUAACCUUAUCAGCGAUGAGUUCUUGGGCCAGGUGUCUCUUCCAGGCGACCCGAACGACCUCCAGUCGGUCCACAUCCUCGGCCUCCAAGACAAAGGAAACAAACGACCCAGCGAACCCCCAGGAUCUCUGAAGGUGCACCUUCUCACCAGCGGCACCCUCACCAAAAUCUGA